AUGGAGGCCCGGCACUCGUCCCCCGUGUCCUUCCCCAGUGCUCCUCAAGAAGACAGCCUGCGUCGAGCCCCUGCUGGACUCCCCCGGGAAGCUCUGUUCCAGGCCCGGGUCCUCCCCCCAAAAGAGACUCCCUCCUCGUUUCCCACCAUUCCCCGGCAGGGCUCUCUGCCCCCGACUCUCAGUGCCCCCAAGCAAGAGACUUCUGGCCAGAUGCCGCCCGUGCUCCAGAAGGGACCUUCUCUCCUGUACCCCGCUGCUGCUGAGCGAGAGCCUCGCCUCCAGGGCCCCCCGGCUUCCCAGGAAGAGACCCACUACCCAGCUCCCCCUGCAGCUGGGCCGCAGCUAUCACCCGUCUCCCGCUCUGCCCGCCACCAGGAAGCCCCGCUCCACUCCCCGGAACUUCCUGAGAAAGACCCCCUGACCCUCUCUCCCACCGUUCCAGACACCGACCUGGACCCCCUGCUUCAGAGCCCAGUUUCCCAGAAGGCCGCCCCUUCCCAGCUCUCUGCCGCCCAGAAGGAGAUGCCCCUGCCAACCGCGGAGAUCACCCGCCUGGCCGUGUGGGCCGCAGUGCAAGCCGUGGAGAGGAAGUUGGAGGCCCAGGCCACGAGGUUACUGACCCUGGAGGGCCGCACGGGGACAAACGAGAAAAAGAUCGCAGACUGUGAGAAGACGGCCGUGGAGUUUGCCAACCAUCUAGAGAGCAAGUGGGUCGUGCUGGGGACGCUGCUGCAGGAGUACGGGCUGCUGCAGCGGCGCCUGGAGAACAUGGAGAACCUGCUGAAGAAUAGGAACUUCUGGAUCCUGCGGCUGCCCCCGGGCAGCAACGGCGAGGUGCCCAAGGUUCCUGUCACGUUCGAUGACGUCGCCGUCCACUUCUCGGAGCAGGAGUGGGGAAACCUGUCCGAGUGGCAGAAGGAGCUCUACAGGAACGUCAUGAGGGGCAACUAUGAGUCUCUGGUCUCCAUGGACUAUGCAAUUUCCAAACCAGACCUGAUGUCCCAGAUGGAGCGAGGGGAGAGGCCAACCAUGCAGGAACAGGAAGACUCGGAGGAGGGCGAAACGCCUGCAGAUCCCAGCGCUGCACACGACGGAAUCGUGAUCAAGAUUGAGGUGCAGACCAACGAUGAGGGCUCAGAGAGUGUGGAGACACCCGAGCCCCUGAUGGGACAAGUGGAAGAGCAUGGCUUUCAGGACUCAGAGCUGGGCGACCCCUGUGGGGAGCAGCCAGACCUGGAUAUGCAGGAAGGGGACAACGCCUUGGAGGAGUCCACGGAAGGCUCCAGCGAGUUCAGCGAGUUCAAACAGAUGCUGGCGCAGCAGAGAAACUGCACAGAGGGGAUCGUGAUCAAAACGGAGGAGCAGGAUGACGAGGAGGAGGAGGAAGAGGAAGAGGAGGAGGAAGAGGAAGAACUGCCCCCGCACCUGCAGGCCCUCGGGCCGCUGUCCAGCCGCUUCGAGCCCGGCAGGUACCAGGCCCCGCUGCCGGGGGAGCUGUCCCCUGAGGGUGAGGGGAGCCCCCCGGCUCUGCAGCUGGGAAAGCCUACCAUGCGGAGGCUGGCCCCCGCGGCGCACAGCGAGCGGCACUUGGGCGAGGGCCGUGGGCCGGCCGGCCAGCAGCAGCGCAACCGGCGCGGCGGGCGUCCCUUCACCUGCCUGGAGUGUGGCAAGAGCUUCCGCCUGAAGAUCAACCUGGUCAUCCACCAGCGCAACCACGUCAAGGAGGCGCCCUACGCGUGCGCCGAGUGCGAGGCCAGCUUCCGCCACAAGCAGCAGCUGACGCUGCCGCCGUCGCCCGAGCGCGCACCUGGCCUACACCCCAAGCAUGCCCUCAAGGCGCGCCCCAAGUCGCCGGGCACGGGCGGUGGCAGCAGCGGCAGCGGCUCCGGCUCCAAGCCCUACCAGUGCCCCGAGUGCGACAGCAGCUUCAGCCACAAGUCCAGCCUGACCAAGCACCAGAUCACACACACGGGCGAGCGGCCCUACACGUGCCCCGAGUGCAAGAAGAGCUUCCGCCUGCACAUCAGCCUGGUCAUCCACCAGCGCGUGCACGCCGGCAAGCACGAGGUCUCCUUCAUCUGCAGCCUGUGCGGCAAGAGCUUCAGCCGGCCGUCGCACCUGCUGCGCCACCAGCGGACGCACACGGGCGAGCGGCCCUUCAAGUGCCCCGAGUGCGAGAAGAGCUUCAGCGAGAAGUCCAAGCUCACCAACCACUGCCGCGUGCACUCGCGCGAGCGUCCGCACGCCUGCCCCGAGUGCGGCAAGAGCUUCAUCCGCAAGCACCACCUGCUGGAGCACCGGCGCAUCCACACGGGCGAGCGGCCCUACCACUGCGCCGAGUGCGGCAAGCGCUUCACGCAGAAGCACCACCUGCUGGAGCACCAGCGCGCGCACACGGGCGAGCGGCCCUACCCGUGUGCGCACUGCGCCAAGUGCUUCCGCUACAAGCAGUCGCUCAAGUACCACCUGCGGACCCACGCGGGCGAGUGA